AUGGGGGACGUGAACUAUGUGAAUCAAGGGGACAACAACCGGUACUUCAAUAAUCACCGCCCCAACUUUCAAAGUGGAGGAUAUAAUCAGUUCGGGAACAAAUGGCAUCCCAAUCUCUCUUAUGGAAACCCAAAUAAUGCUCUGCAACCACCCCCGGGGUUCACAGUUACUGAUGGAGUGGUUAAUGAUCCGAAGAAGAUGACCACGGAAGACAUACUCAAGUCUUUCAUGCUACAGUCCAACAAGCUCAUGGAGCAGAACAAUCAAAGGAUGGAGAAGGUUGAGACAGAUGUGCAAAGUAUGGCCACUCAUCUGAAGAACAUCGACACACAGAUUAGCCAGAUUUCCCAGACUGUGAGUACUCUUACUCAAUCGGGAAAAUUCCCUUCGAACACCAUCAUAAAUCCCAAAGAAUGCAAAGCUGUGCAUCUAAGGAGUGGCACUGUUUAUGAAGCCCCCUCACUGCCCGCGACCACAUCUGAUACCGUUCUUGAGCCCAAGGCUGCCGUGGCAGAGAAGGAAAAUGAGGCUGAAAAGGAGAAUACUGGCACCACUUCUGGAGUAAAGGUGCCAUUCCCGCGGGUACUGAAUCAGAAGAAGAAGAAGAAGAAGAAGAAAGAUGAGCAUGCUCUGCUGCAAAGGAAACUGCCUGCCAAGCUGAAGGAUCCUGGAAGUUUCACUGUCGACUGCCUCAUUGGGGGCUAUAAGGUGGAGAAUGCUCUCUGUGAUCUAGGCGCGAGCAUUAAUCUAAUGCCACUAUCGGUGUUCAAGCAAAUAAACAGUGGUACUUUGAAGCCCACCUCAGCCACACUACAGAUGGCAGACAGAUCUGUCGUGUAUCUAGAGGGCAUCGUGGAAGACCUACUGAUUAAGGUCGGGGAAUUUAUUUUUCCCAUCGACUUUAUGGUCUUGGACAUGGAAGAAGACAAGGGAGUCCCCCUACUGCUAGGACGUCCCUUCCUUGCCACUGCUGAGGCAAAUAUAAACGUGAAAAAGGGAGAGUUGACAAUCUUCAUGGGAGAAGAAAGUCAAACGUUUUCCCACAAACCGAGAAGCAUGGAUGGAAGAACUGAGGAGUGCAAGGUGGUGCGUCUGAAGCACCAAGAGACAACUGAAGAAGGAGGAUCGAGUGCAGUCAGAAAAGUGAAGCAGAGGACUUUUAUGAGCUUCACAUGGAGAUGA